CUCUAAGAGCUCCAAGAGCCAAAGUUCCGCCGUUAGCGAAAUACUAGUCAACGCUAGGGCGCAACUCAAGGAACGAAAAAAGGCCGUUCCCGCCUCCGAACCUGGAGCCUCACCUGCUUCCCGCUACAAGUCUGCAAAGGAACUACGCCGCGUCUGGGAAAGCCGUGCCGGGCACAGUAAUCGUAAAGCCCCCAUCGCAGGCGGCGCCGGACCCGGGGCGGCACCCGUAUCAGUAGCCCUCCCCCUCCCUAUCGGGCCGCAGAAGGAAUCCGGCAGUCUCCGCUUACCGCACCUCACCGCAAGCAAUUUACACGCAAACAUCAACAAUCUACACGCACCUAACAACAACCUACACGCACCACCGAGUAUACACUCAUCGAGUGUGCACUCAUCGAGUGUGCACACACCGAGUUUACAUGCACCGAGUGUAACCUCCAACCUUACGGGCGCUAGUCCCGCCACUGUUAGUCCCAACCUCACCGCAGUGCCUAACCUCACCGCCGACUCACCUCUCGUCUCGCCAUUCGGGUCGCCUUUCCUCCGUUCGCCCCUCGCCCGGUCGUCCACCGCCGGAUCGCCCUGCAACGCGCCCCCCGCCGGUCUCCCCCCGCGCGGCCAGUCCGCCUUUCGCCUUUCGACCAGCUUCACCCUCGAUGAAAAGCUCUUCAGACGACUCCAGACGCCAACCGCCGCAGGGGCGGCUGGCCAGCACUCAACGACAGCAAGCGGACAAGCUGGGACCGGACAACCUGGAAGCGGACCACCUGGGACCGGACAGGAGCCGAUCAAUUAUCACACACGCUCGGCAGAAGCCAAGUCUUCUGGGAAUAGACCUCCCGAGGCGGAAACCGAAGCG